CCCGUGAUUUUUAAUUGCGACCCUGAGUACCUGAAAAAGCGAAUUAUCAAAUAUCUGGCGUUCCAAUUAAAACACUUUGGUGUGGGGGGACGAAAAGAUUGCAACACUGGGCUCAAGAUUAUUUGCGGCCACUCGGGCCACUCAGGCACAAUGUAAUCCGCUUGGCGGUGUUAUUGGGGCCUGGGACCCAGUGAGCUCAUAGCUCACGGGAAGUGCUGUGCAGAUGUUCUAAACAAAUAUGUUUAUAUUUCAAACUGAGAAAGAUUAUUAUGAACCUUACAUGUGUUUUAUUCAUCCCAUGUUGAUUGAAAAUUGCGAUUCAAUUUCAGCUGUGGUCCAGGUCAACCACUUUCCCCUUGCAGUGAUAAUGCAGAGAAAUUUGGCUUCUAUCUCAAGUGCUUGCAGGGCCCUCUGCACUGUGGGAAAAAAAUUUCACCCACAUUGAACACGUGGUUUGCUAACUCGCGGCUGACCGUUCAUCAGGUAUGUUCAUUUAUUUUCGUUUUAUUGUAAUACGUGUAGCCAUAAAAUUUUUGUUCUUCGUGUUGGGUAAGUUUAAAAUUAGAAAACAUUUUUGAAAGGCAUAAUCAUAAUCAACAAUAUGCACCAUAAACUAAAAGUUAUAACUCUCGACAUUAUCAAAUUAAAGCAGAUAAAGUAUGGGAACAACAAUUAUUUAAUUUAAUUUAGCAUUAGACAGAAAAUAUUUUUUAGCGUUUUUUGUAAGUUUUAAAUAUUAUUUUAGAACUUGGGACUACUUCUGUUCUUCUGCAUGGAGAUUGAAGUGAAGGAGGCCGCGCACAACUUUGGUGUUACCACUGAGACUGUUUGCGCCUACUACUCAAAGUGUAGGGAAGUUUGCUGCAAGCGAUGGCUACAUGACUUGGCAGCCCAUAAGCUUGGUGGUCCUGGACAAACUGUUGAGGUCGACGAAUCAAUGAUUGUAAAAAGAAAGUAUAACAGAGGCAGAGUACUGAAGCGACAAAAUAUGUGGGUAGUCGGUGGUGUAGACCGGUCAACGAGGAGGUCAUUUUUGUGCCUUAUCAAGAAAAGAGACCAGCAUACCUUGUUUGCUGUAAUUCAGCAUUUUGUUAUGGAUGGCACCACGAUCGUCUCCGACAUGUGGGCUGGAUACAACGGGAUUGGAAACAUGCUGAACGGUGCACACGUAACUGUCAACCACAGCAGAUACUUCGUGCAUCCGAGACAUCCCAAUAUCCACACAAACACAAUCGAGCGAUUGUGGAAGAGUAUCAAGCAGGCAACGAAAAGCUUCCAAGAGAGCGUGGUGGAGAGCCACGUGCUUACUGCAGGCUUCAAGCUUCAGCAUUUCCAUGAACACUUUGACCCGCUUAAUCCAAAGAGACGAAGGAAAGUUCUCUCACCUGGCCAAAAGCUGGAAAUUAUGCUUGAGACCAUCGUUAUGGCCUUUCCUGGGUUAAACUCAAAUGGCAUCAAUUUCCCCCCAAAGGUGCUUGUCAGCAAAGCAGCUCAUCCUUUCGAUAACAUGAGUUCAAUGAUUGUUUGCUAUGAUGGUCAACUUGGAUCACAGCAUGUACCUGCUUUAGCCAAUACCCUUGCUAGUUCCCCUGGUCAAGAAGCUGCCGCUCUUACCACGAACCAGCAGAUGACUACGGCCAACAAUGCUAUCAACUUAGCUACUUCCCAGACAGUUCAAAACAUUACAAGUGAACCUUGGGCUACCCUGGAGCUUGCUGCUGAGAAAAUUCUGGAAAUUUUGUGCAACACACAAGGUGCCUACGACACCAAACAAAAUCUCACUGCUGCCCUAAGACCAUUUGAUAUUUUUAUAAGAACAACGACUAUGAUGCUGAGGAAUGCUGGGACACACAUUUUCAAUACAAGAUGUCACGGAGGAGGUAUUGACAUCGCUGUUGAAUCAACUCUUGCGGCAGGAUUUUUGCAAGGUGUUAGAGUAUUGAGCACUCUUGGCGGUGGCGACUGCUUCUUCAGCUCAGUCUCGUGGAACACAAUUGGCUCAAGGGAUUGUGCCGCUAUCAUCCGACUUACAGCAUUAACAAUAAUACUGAAGUAUUUUGAUGAUUUUGACACCGCCUGCAUGAGGGUCGAGAUCGCAAUACAUCAUGGUCCUGAUGGUGCAAUGAGCUUGAUAAGGGCUGCAGGUGGACUUGCUAAACGGACUUUGCACACUGUCAUUGGAAAUCAAUAUCCAAGUCUUGUAGCCAACUUCAACUACAGCAGUUGCGCAACUAUUCUUGCCUGCUCCAUUGCUCUGAAGUCGAAGAUGGCAAUCUACGAAGAUGUGGCACAAGCAAAUACUGGGCCAAUGAUGACUUUGGCUCAGUUGGACCUGGACUUCAGGAUGGAAUCGUCAAGGCCAGUCUCAUUGAGAAAGUACCGAAACUGUUUACUCAUCAUAGGAUCCCAAGGAUACGCAAAACAUUUAAGGGUUCACCUCAAACACUCUCAUUUCACUGCCUUUAUUCCGUGUUCCCGUCUGACACCAGCUAUGCUUCUACCCCAGAGAAUGGUGACAUUGCAGUUCAAUUUGGACGCAACUGAUUUGUAAUCUAGGCCUGUGCUUUUAUACGUGUAUAUAAAUAAUUUGUAAAACCUUAAAUUAAAUCACAAAUUAAACAGAAUCGUGUAUAACGAACAUUUUCGUUUGUUUAAAUUAAUAGAAUUUCCAGACUCAGCUACUUGUGUAAAACUAGUCAGAUUAUUAUCACAGAGCUUAGAAAGUAGAAAAAUCUUCAAGUUUUUAAUACAACACAGAUUGCAAACGCAUGUUAGCUUAGCCUCACAAUGGUACCAUAUGGUUUUACAUAAUACAAAGCCAUGACAGGUAUGUCUCGUGAUUCCGUGCUCUGUUUGUAUAACAAGAUUCCUUCCAGGUCUGGGUGACCAUUUUGUGCGCGUGUCGUUAAAUUCCGACUCUACCUGGGAGAACUUUAACAUUUGAUUUGAUUUAAUUUACUAGGAAUUAGAUUGCAGCAUCCAAAAUCGAUUUCAUAUUGAACGUUUGCAAAGAAAAUAAUUUAGAACACAUUGAAAUAAACA